AUGGAUGAGAAAAAUUUCACCGAAGUGAAGGAGUUCAUCUUUUUAGGGUUCACAGCAGACUUGAGGUUACAGCGAGGGCUCUUUUUCAUUUUCCUCCUCAUUUAUGUCUUCAGUCUCUUAGGGAACAUCACCCUGGUUUCCCUAAUUUGUGCUGAUUCUCGACUUCACACUCCUAUGUAUUUCUUCAUUGGAAACCUGUCAUUUCUGGAUCUCUGGUAUUCUUCUGUCUAUACCCCCAAAAUCCUGAUGACCUGUAUCUCAGAUGACAAAAGCAUCUCCUUUGCUUGCUGCCUGGCUCAGUUCUUUUUCUCUGCUGGACUGGCUUAUAGUGAGUGUUACCUGCUGGCCGCCAUGGCCUAUGACCGGUAUGUGGCCAUUGCCAACCCUCUGCUUUAUUCCCAGGUUAUGUCCCCAAGACUGUGUGCCAGUCUUGUUGCAGCUUCAUACCUUGGUGGCUUUAUAAACUCAACCAUCAUCACCAGUGAGACAUUCACCCUGAGCUUCUGUGGCAAUGUCAUUGAUGAUUUUUUCUGUGAUCUGCCUCCACUUGUAAAGUUGGCGUGUGAUGUGAAAGAGAGCUACCAGGCUGUGAUGUACUUUAUACUCGCCUCCAAUGUCAUCACUCCCACCACUCUUAUCUUUGCUUCCUACUUCUUCAUCAUUGUCACCAUCUUGAAGAUCCGCUCUACCCAGGGCCGCCUCAAGGCCUUUUCCACUUGUGGAUCUCACCUGACAGCUGUCACCUUGUACUAUGGUACAAUUCUCUUUAUUUACUCCCGACCAAGCACUAGCUAUGCCCUGGAAUGGGAUAAAGUAGUGUCAGUGUUCGAUACUGUGGUGAUUCCAAUGUUGAACCCCUUAAUCUAUAGCUUAAGAAAUAAAGAUGUAAAAGACGCCCUGAGGAGGAAGAUAGAGCAAAGUUUUCUGAAAUGA